CCAGGCCUGGCGGUUCUGGUUUGCAGCUCUGGCACCACUCAGGGCCCUGCUCCCCGCCUUCCCUGCUGCCACACGACUCAGCCUUGGCACCGAACCAAAGCUGAUGGAAAAACCUAACUAUCUGGAGCAUUGUCAAUCCUGUGGCAGAAAGAAAAGGACAGGGCAAAUGGUGCCCUGACUUCCAGAACUCAGCACAAAAGUGACCAACAUCACUUCUCUGACUAAAGCAAGUCAUAUAGCCAUUCCUAAGGUCAACAGCAUGGGAAUAUAUCUUCCUACAGAGAGGAGCGUGACACAGAAAAGAAACUGAAACGUUUAGUGAAUGAGAACACAUCACCACCUCCUCCUAGGAUGACUUCUUUCCCAGAGCCAUGCUCCCCUUCUGGCACCUUCAUGAUGACCGUGUUUGCAAAUAUACUACACUACCUUCUGGGAAUGCAAACUGGUGCAGCCACUGUGGAAGACAGUAUGGAGGCUUGCCCAAACAUUAACAUAGAAGUACCAUAGGAUCCAGCAAUUCCACUUCUGGAUUUACCCCUGGAAGAAGCGAAAGCAGUGUCUCAAAGAGGGAGAGCGCGCGGCGGACCCACCCCGGACGCGCGGCAGCACCGGGAGGCCGGGCUGAGCGGGUCAAGAAAGAGAAAAUGACCAGCCCCAGAAGCCUUCUCAUCAUGCACCUUUGCCAUCACUAGCCUCCUUCUUCCCCAAAGGUUCAGUUUUGAAUGUGAAUGGCAGUAAACUAAUAUCCAAGAUUUCUGUAUAAGAAGUAGAUCAAAAGGACUGUACUUUCAGUUCUGGAGGCUGGGAAGUCCCAAGAUCAAGGUGCCCACAGAUUCGUUCCUAAGGUGCUGUUUGAGAACCUGCAGAUAUGCUGGUUACCAAGCCCUCUCUGCCUUCAUGAAGCUUAUACCCGAUUAUCCAAAGACUCAUUAUACAGUUGCAGCCCUGUGCCUGUACCUCAGUGUGAUCACUCUGUUUCCUCCUGUUGGCAGCCCUGUGCAUUGACUUGGAAGCUGCUCUACUUACAAAAAAUGUUUUGAGAGAAUACCUCAAGUUGGACUCAAAAGCAAGAUUUGGUGCUAACUUUGAAGUGGAAGAAGGUACUUGCUUGGUUAGUCACAGCCUGUCCCAGAAAGUCAUUGUAGUGUAACUGCAUCAAGCUGGCUUACAAACAAGAGGAACUGAGUGUGCAGGUUAUUCACUAUGAAUAUGGCUGCUAUUAUUUAAAUUUCUGCAGCCAUGGCACAAGAAUAUAAGAAAGCAUGGGAUUGUGGCAGUCACAGAGUCCCAGUAAUACAAGUUCCAUUCAGUUUUUUCUGAAAGAAAGCUGUCUGUGAAAGCCAAGCAAAGGGAACCAUUGUGGAUUAUAAUGUUUUGAAGAUCUGGAUUUUCAGAGGUUUGGAAAUAAGGCGUCAUUUCACCUUUUAAAUGAAAAAGAUUAAGAUCUCAUGCAACUGCUGUAUUUUCUGGAAGCCGUUCUCCAAAAGGGAAGUGCACAUUUAAAACUUAGCUAUGAUGGUCCUUUGUGCAGGGAUUUGAGUCUGAUUGCUUCUCCAUCAUGACCAGCCUGAAACGGUCGCAGACAGAGCGGCCCGCUGUCCCCGAAAGGGCCUCGGUUGUCGCCACGGAUGGCGCCCCCAAAGUCCACACCGACGACUUCUACAUGCGGCGCUUCAGGUCCCAGAAUGGCAGCUUAGGGUCCUCAGUCAUGGCUCCGGUAGGGCCCCCCCGAAGUGAAGGUUCUCACCAUAUAACCUCCACCCCCGGAGUCCCCAAGAUGGGGGUUAGGGCUAGGAUUGCAGAUUGGCCCCCACGAAAGGAAAACGUCAAAGAAUCUAGCCGUUCAAGCCAGGAAGUAGAAACCUCAAGUUGCCUUGAGAGCCUGUCCUCCAAAAGCAGUCCUGUGAGUCAGGGAAGUUCUGUGAGCCUCAAUUCCAGUGACUCAGCCAUGCUGAAGAGCAUACAGAACACGCUGAGAAACAAGACGAGGCCGGCGGAGGGCAUGGACUGCAGGUUUCUGCUGCCCGAAGCCUACCCCAGCUCCCCCAGGAAGGCUCUCCGCCGGGUCCGGCAACGGAGCAAUAGUGACAUCACCAUAAGCGAGCUCGACGUGGAUAGCUUCGAUGAAUGUGCCUCGCCCACCUACAAGACUGGGCCGUCUCUGCACAGGGAAUACGGUAGCACCUCCUCAAUUGACAAGCAGGGAACGUCUGGGGAAAGCUUCUUCGAUCUGCUGAAGGGCUACAAAGACGACAAGUCUGAUCGAGGUCCAACUCCGACCAAGCUCAGCGACUUCCUCAUCACCGGUGGGGGCAAGGGCUCCGGUUUCUCUCUGGAUGUUAUCGACGGGCCCAUCUCCCAGAGAGACAACCUCAGGCUCUUUAAGGAAAGGGAAAAACCACUCAAGCGCCGCUCCAAGUCCGAAACCGGGGACUCGUCCAUUUUUCGGAAAUUACGCAAUGCCAAAGGUGAGGAACUUGGGAAGUCAUCGGAUCUGGAAGAUAACCGGUCGGAAGACUCUGUCAGGCCCUGGACGUGCCCAAAGUGCUUUGCUCACUACGAUGUCCAGAGUAUAUUAUUUGACUUGAAUGAGGCGAUUAUGAACAGGCACAAUGUUAUCAAGAGGAGAAACACCACCACGGGGGCAUCGGCCGCUGCCGUGGCCUCCCUGGUCUCGGGGCCUUUGUCCCACUCGGCCAGUUUUAGCUCCCCGAUGGGCAGCACGGAGGACCUGAAUUCCAAGGGGAGCCUCGGCAUGGACCAGGGAGACGAUAAGAGCAAUGAGCUGGUACUGAGCUGUCCGUAUUUUCGGAAUGAGAUCGGUGGAGAAGGUGAAAGGAAGAUCAGCCUGUCAAAAUCAAAUUCUGGUUCCUUUAGUGGGUGUGAAAGUGCCUCCUUUGAGUCCACGCUGAGUUCCCAUUGCACAAACGCAGGAGUGGCCGUACUUGAGGUGCCCAAGGACAGCCUCGUGCUGCACCUGGACAGGGUGAAGAGGUACAUCGUGGAGCACGUGGAUCUGGGCGCGUACUAUUACAGGAAAUUCUUCUAUCAGAAGGAACACUGGAACUAUUUUGGGGCUGAUGAGAAUCUUGGUCCUGUGGCUGUGAGCAUUCGAAGGGAAAAACCAGAAGAAACGAAGGAAAAUGGAUCUCCAUACAACUACCGAAUAAUUUUUAGAACCAGUGAGCUCAUGACACUGAGAGGCUCAGUCCUGGAGGAUGCCAUUCCCUCAACGGCAAAGCACUCGACAGCCAGAGGACUGCCCCUGAAGGAAGUGCUGGAGCACGUGAUUCCUGAGCUCAAUGUCCAGUGCCUGAGGUUGGCCUUCAACACUCCCAAGGUCACAGAGCAGCUCAUGAAACUGGAUGAACAAGGGCUGAACUAUCAGCAGAAGGUGGGCAUCAUGUACUGCAGAACUGGACAAAGCACUGAAGAAGAGAUGUACAACAAUGAGUCAGCUGGCCCGGCAUUUGAGGAAUUCCUUCAGCUGUUGGGAGAACGUGUUCGGCUCAAAGGAUUUGAGAAGUAUCGUGCACAGCUUGACACCAAAACUGACUCCACUGGAACCCAUUCUCUGUACACAACAUACAAAGACUAUGAAAUUAUGUUCCAUGUUUCCACCAUGCUGCCAUACACGCCUAACAACAAGCAACAGCUCCUACGGAAGCGGCAUAUUGGAAAUGAUAUCGUAACAAUUGUUUUCCAAGAGCCGGGAGCACAGCCGUUCAGCCCAAAAAACAUCCGAUCCCACUUCCAGCACGUUUUUGUCAUCGUGAGGGUCCACAACCCCUGCACUGACGGGGUCUGUUACAGUGUGGCUGUCACCAGGUCCAGAGAUGUGCCUUCCUUUGGACCUCCCAUCCCCAAAGGGGUCACUUUCCCUAAGUCAAAUGUGUUCAGGGACUUCCUUUUGGCCAAAGUGAUUAACGCAGAAAAUGCUGCUCAUAAAUCAGAAAAGUUUCGGGCCAUGGCAACUCGGACCCGCCAGGAAUACCUGAAAGAUCUGGCAGAAAAGAAUGUCACCAACACCCCUAUUGACCCGUCUGGCAAGUUCCCAUUCAUCUCUCUGGCCUCCAAAAAGAAGGAGAAGUCUAAGCCAUAUCCAGGAGCUGAGCUCAGUAGCAUGGGGGCCAUUGUGUGGGCCGUCCGGGCCAAAGACUACAACAAGGCCAUGGAAAUCGACUGCCUGUUAGGGGUUUCCAACGAGUUCAUCGUUCUCAUUGAGCAGGAAACCAAGAGUGUGGUUUUCAACUGCUCCUGCAGAGAUGUGAUAGGGUGGACCUCAACUGACACCAGCCUCAAAAUCUUCUACGAGCGAGGAGAAUGUGUUUCAGUGGAGAGUUUAAUUAAUAAUGAGGACAUCAAAGAGAUUGUCAAAAGGUUGCAGUUUGUGUCAAAAGGUUGUGAAUCGGUGGAGAUGACCCUGCGAAGGAACGGGCUGGGACAGCUCGGCUUCCACGUCAACUAUGAGGGCAUCGUGGCAGAUGUGGAGCCCUACGGCUAUGCCUGGCAGGCAGGGUUGAGGCAGGGCAGCCGGCUGGUGGAGAUCUGCAAGGUGGCGGUGGCCACCCUGAGCCAUGAGCAGAUGAUCGAUCUCCUGAGAACAUCCGUCACGGUGAAGGUCGUCAUCAUCCCCCCACACGAUGACUGCACCCCACGGAGGAGUUGCUCUGAAACCUACCGCAUGCCAGUGAUGGAAUACAAAAUGAAUGAAGGGGUUUCAUACGAAUUCAAGUUUCCCUUCCGAAAUAAUAACAAAUGGCAGAGGAAUGCCAACAAGGGGCCUCAUUCACCUCAAGUCCCCUCCCAGGUGCAGAGUCCCAUGACCUCGAGGCUGAAUGCUGGGAAAGGAGAUGGGAAGAUGCCUCCUCCAGAAAGAGCCGCCAACAUCCCUCGAAGCAUCUCCAGUGAUGGACGCCCGCUGGAGAGGCGGCUGUCUCCCGGUUCAGAUAUCUACGUGACGGUCUCAUCCAUGGCUCUAGCAAGGUCCCAGCAGUGUCGUAACUCCCCUAGCAACCUGUCUUCAUCCAGCGAGACUGGCUCUGGUGGAGGCACUUACAGGCAAAAAUCCAUGCCCGAAGGGUUUGGAGUAAGCCGCAGAUCGCCAGCCUCCAUGGACAGGCAGAAUGCCCAGGCAGAUAUUGGUGGCAGCGGGAAAUCUACACCCAGCUGGCAGAGAAGUGAGGAUAGCGUUGCUGACCAAAUGGAGCCAACGUGCCACCUCCCAGCAGUAUCAAAGGUACUGCCUGCUUUUCGAGAGAGCCCCAGCGGGAGAUUAAUGCGGCAGGAUCCGGUGGUCCAUUUAUCUCCAAACAAACAAGGGCAUUCCGAUAGCCACUACUCGAGCCACUCCAGCAGCAAUACCCUCUCCAGCAAUGCGUCGAGCGCCCACAGUGACGAGAAGUGGUAUGACGGGGACCGCACCGAAUCCGAACUCAACAGCUACAACUAUCUGCAAGGCACCUCUGCCGACAGUGGCAUCGACACCACCUCCUACGGCCCCAGCCACGGCAGCACGGCCUCCCUGGGGGCUGCCACGUCAUCACCUCGCUCAGGGCCAGGCAAGGAGAAAGUGGCACCCCUGUGGCACAGCUCCAGCGAAGUACUCUCCAUGGCAGAUAGGACUUUAGAGACCGAGAGCCUCGGCAUGGACCGGAAGGCAGAAUCCUCCCUGAGCUUGGAUAUCCACAGCAAGAGCCAGGCCGGCUCAAACCCCCUGACCAGGGAGAACAGCACUUUCAGUAUAAAUGAUGCUGCUUCCCACACAAGCACCGUGGGUUCCCGGCACUCUGCCAGCCCGGUGGUCUUCACCAGUGCCAGAAGUUCCCCGAAAGAGGAGCUCCAUCCUGCCGCCUCGCAGCUCGCGCCUGCCUUCCCCUCCCCCUCGUCGUCCUCCUCCUCCUCGUCCGGCCCCCGGACCUUCUACCCCCGCCAGGGCGCCACCAGCAAGUACCUGAUUGGGUGGAAGAAACCCGAAGGAACCAUAAACUCCGUGGGAUUUAUGGACACGAGAAAGCGCCAUCAGAGUGAUGGCAACGAGAUGGCCCACACCAGACUGCGUGCCUCAACCAGGGACCUCCGGGCGUCCCCCAAGCCAGCCCCCAAGUCCACCAUCGAGGAGGACCUCAAGAAGCUCAUCGACCUGGAAAGCCCAACUCCCGAAUCCCAGAAGAACUUUAAGGGCUGGCAACACUGGGCACCACCAGCAAGCACCCUGCAAGGCAGGCCACGGCGCUCUUGGAACCAGAUCGGUGUGCACACACUUUCAAGACUGGAGGGGAAGAGGGUUGGGUUCCAGGCGCUUUCGUCUCCUCAGUCUCCGUUUCCUACCACCCCUACGGCAAGACGGGCCCUGCACCGAACGCUGUCGGAUGAGAGCAUCUACAGCGGCCAGAGGGAGCACUUCUUCGCUUCCAGGGCUUCGCUUCUGGACCAGGCGCUGCCCAACGACGUCCUGUUCAGCAGCACGUACCCUUCCCUGCCCAAGUCUCUCCCCUUGCGGAGGCCUUCGUACACCUUGGGAAUGAAGUCGCUGCAUGGAGAGUUCUCGGCCUCAGACAGCUCCCUGACGGACGUCCAGGAGACCCGAAGGCCUCCCAUGCCUGACCCCGGCCUGAUGCCCCUGCCCGACACUGCUGCGGAUUUAGAUUGGUCCAACUUGGUGGAUGCUGCCAAGGCCUAUGAGGUCCAAAGAGCCUCCUUCUUUGCUGCUAGUGACGAAAGCCACCGGCCCUUGAGUGCUGCAUCCAACAGUGACCAGCUUGAGGAGCAGGCUCUGGCCCAGAUGAAGUCCUACAGCAGCAGUAAAGAUUCCUCCCCCACUCUGGCUUCUAAAGUGGACCAGCUGGAAGGGAUGCUGAAGAUGCUCCGGGAAGAUCUGAAGAAGGAAAAGGAAGACAAAGCCCACCUGCAGGCGGAAGUCCAGCACCUCCGGGAGGACAACCUGAGGCUGCAGGAGGAGUCCCAGAAUGCCUCGGACAAGCUGAAGAAGUUCACGGAAUGGGUCUUCAAUACCAUAGACAUGAGCUAGGGCCAGCCGGUGGGGGGGGAGCCCCGGGAGGGGGUGGGGAGCUCUCCGCUGCGGUUUGGCGCUCCUUCGGCCAUGACCCCGGAAAGCCUUCUCAGCCGACCCGCCCUCACUUCCCACUCCAGCCCCUCUCGGGGAAUGCACAACACAAUUAUUGCAGAUCAACAAUCAUUAUCUGCCUUUUGUAGAAAAGAAAAACAAAAAAGUAAAUAAAAAUUUUAAAAAGUAAAAUAAAAGUUUAACUGCUAAAA